AUGGACCGCCUAAAAUACAACCAGCUGACUUGACAGCUGACACCACUGGAGCGGUUGAGAACCUCGACCCUUUAUCGGCGCAAUUCAACCGUUCUUCAGCCCCCAAUGUCGACGGCGAAGAUAACACCGUCAGCCACAGCACUCUCCACUACUCUCAAGCACCUCACCUGCAAUCUCAACCUCCAGAACCACGCCCGCGUUCGGACCCUGUUCACCGGCGCUGCAUAUCCGACUCGGACUCUCAGACGAACAGGCGUCACGGUAUCAUUGUCGGCGGCAGCUGCAACUGAACCUCUAGAAGUCUGCGUGAAGGCCUCCGUCACCACUCCCAACAAGCUCGGCGAUUGCCCCUUUUCCCAGAGGGUUUUGUUGACAUUGGAGGAAAAAAAUGUGCCGUAUGAUGUGAAGUUGGUUGAUUUCGCUAACAAGCCAGAUUGGUUCUUGCAAAUAAGUCCUGAAGGUAAAGUCCCUGUGUUAAAGCUGGAAGAUAAGUGGAUUCCAGAUUCAGACGUUAUUACACAGGCACUAGAAGAAAAGUUUCCUGAACCGCCAUUGGCAACGCCACCUGAGAAGGCUUCCGCUGGGUCGAAGAUCUUCUCCAAAUUUAUUGGUUUUUUGAAAAGCAAAGAUCCCAGUGAUGGAACAGAGAAGGCAUUGCUUGAUGAGUUAUCUGCUUUCAAUGAUUAUCUUAAAGAAAAUGGCCCACUCAUCAAUGGAACAGAAGUAUCUGCUGCAGAUUUGUCCCUUGGACCAAAGCUUUACCACUUAGAGAUUUCUUUAGGGCAUUAUAAGAAUUGGUCAGUUCCGGACUCUCUUACAUAUCUGAAGUCAUACAUGAAGGCUAUAUUUUCUUUGGAGUCCUUCAUCAAAACACGGGCUCAACCAGAGGAUGUUAUUGAGGGUUGGCGACCAAAAGUUGAGGGCUAAAAUAGCCUGGAAUCUUCUCCUAUCAUGAUUCAGCAGCUUGCGUAGUUUCCUUCACAAGCAGUAUAACAGUAUGCAGCAUCCUUACAUUUCUAGACUCGUGUACGUUUGUUUUAGUUUUCAUUCUUCCAGCUCAGCCUAGUUUUCAGAUGUACAUCUAAGGGGAGAAGAACACAUCUGUAUGUGGAGAUGCUGGAUUGCAGAAGGGUGUGUUUGGAUUGCAAUUUUUCUUUGAAAAUUACUACGUUUUUUCGUGGACA